GAAACAUUUGAAUUCCUUAAUAUUUUACAAACUCAUGGAUUUCCAAAAAUUAUGGGAGUUCUCACACAUCUGGAUAAAUACAAAAAUACAAAGACACUUAUAACAAUUAAAAAACGAUUAAGACAUCGUUUUUGGACGGAAAUUUAUCAGGGUGCCAAACUUUUUUAUUUAUCAGGAAUAAUUAAUGGUCGAUAUCCAAAUCAUGAAAUUCAAAAUCUUUCUAGAUUUAUUUCUGUAAUGAAGUUUAGGCCGCUAAUAUGGAGGAAUACACAUCCUUAUUUGGUUGCUGAUCGUGUAGAAGAUUUAACUGAUCUCGAAGAAGUUCAUAUACCAGGUGCUGGAGAUCAAAUUCUGUCAGACAUUUCCAUACUGCCAGAUCCAUGUCCAUUACUUAAUAAAGUGCGAAAGAGCCUUAGUGAAAAACACAAGGUUAUUUACGCACCUAUGUACGAUGUCGGUGGAAUAAUGUACGAUAAAGAUGCUGUGUAUAUCAAUAUUCCUGGAAAUGAACCAGAAUAUGAGCAAGGUCCUGGAGAGAAGAUG